UUCUUCUUUUACCAUCUAACUUUCAGUUUCCAUGUUUUAUUUUCUUUGUAAAACUAUUCUCCAAAGAAAUAAUGGUUGCUUUAUCAGUGCUCAAAAACCAUCAAUUUUAUUAUUAUCAGAUGCUUGUAUUAGAUAUAUGUCAAGUGAUGAAAAUCAACACUCAUUUACUGUUUCUUAUCUAAUAAAAACAUAUGGGUUUUCUCCAGAAUCUGCCUUAUCAAUUUCUAAAAGAGUCAAUUUUGAAGACCCUAAAAAACCUGAUCUUGUUCUAUCAUUUUUCAAGAACCUUGGAUUCUCAAAAAUCCAAAUCUCUAAAAUAAUCAGAAAGUUCCCAGAAACUCUAUCAGCCAAUCUUGAGAAAAAUAUUUUCCCUAAAGUUGAGUUCUUUAUAUCUAAAGGUGCUUCAACAACUGACCUCAUAAGAAUCUUCACUUAUUAUCCUUGGCUCUUUAGUAGAAGCUUAGAAAACCAGUUGAUUCCUUCUUUUAAUUUCUUUAGAGACUUCCACCAUUCUGAUGAAAAAACCAUUGCAGCAAUUAAACGUUAUCCUAUUAUUCUAACUCGUCGCCUUGAAGCUGAUGUGAUACCUAAUAUCAAUACUUUGCAUGAAUAUGGAGUUCCUGCAUCGAAAAUUUUGAUGUUAGUUCAUUAUUUUCCUCAAAAAAUUGGGAUGGAAGCAGAUAAGUUUAAAAAGAUUGUGGAGGAAGUGAAGAAAAUGGGAUUUGAUCCAUUGAAGUCACAGUUUGUUUCAGCAAUAAUAGCAUUAACGGCAAUGAGCAGGUCAAUGUGGGAUAAGAAGGUUGAUGCUUAUAAAAGGUGGGGCUGGUCUAAUGAAGAUAUUUGUAGAGCCUUUGUAAAGUUCCCUUGGUGUAUGACAAAUUCUGAGAAUAAGAUUAUGGCAGUAAUGGAUUUUUAUGUCAAUAAAUUGGGUUUAGAAUCUUCUGUCAUUGCUCAUCGCCCUUUGCUACUUUCGCUGAGCUUGAAGAAGAGGCUUAUCCCAAGAGCUUCAGUUAUUCAGUUUCUAUCAUCUAAAGGCUUGAUGAAAACGAGUUCUGGUAUGAUUAGAGUGUUCACGUGUACGGAGAAGUAUUUCAUGGAAAAAUGCAUCAAUUGUUAUGAAGAAGCACCUCAGCUAUUGAAGCUAUAUAAUGAGAACUUGGAGCUUUCUAAACAGCUAGUUGUUAAGCAACAGCGAAUAAGACAGACAAAGUUUGGCCCCUUUCGCAAGAUGUUAGGAGCAGCUAAUAAGUAAUGACUGAUAAUCGCUGCAGAUAAGCUUGUAGGUGGUAGGUGGUGAUUGUUAAUUGAUCUGAUGCCAUGGAAUUCAUAGUGAGGAACUUGCAUUGUUUCUAGUUGAGGAGCACAGCUAAUACAAGUGAUUGCAACUUUUGAGUAUUUAUUUAUUUAUCUAUUCUUGAGUGAAGUUCAAACUUAUCUCGAGUGAGGUCUAUCUCUCUAUCGAAGUAAACCAGAUUUUUUGUUACUUUGGUUCUUUGUCCAUUUUGCUUUCUUGGGUGUUUUUGUUAUUGCCUUUUAUCAUCCAUAGUAAUGUUAAAAUGGACUUUAAGAGAUUCUUGGCCAAUCUGCAUAUUCAUUGUUGCUAUGUGUUCGGUCGUCUGAAGGUAAUAUAAUUGGGAUUGUUAGGUUGAGGGCCACAUCACAAUACCCUUUAACUCUUGGGCUGCUUACUCCCAGCAAACCAGCACCAGCUUCAGCCAGCAGAUAAACUUACAUGCUUGGUUAAGACAGGUGAAAUUAUGCUAGGAAAUGAGAAUACUCAAAUUUACUGAAGCCAUUGCAAAUAGCAGCAAUAGUGGCCGAGUGCAAUGGGAAACUUGUGCUGAAUCUUGCCUCAUCUUGUAAAAGAGAAAGUUAUGUACUUUUUUGUUCCCGCAGAAGUUAAUAGAAUGUAUGUAGCCGAAGCUUCAGCUUCCCUCACAAUGGCAAAACCUUUGUAUUUUGAUGCCCUUUUGGGCCUUAAAUGAAGUUCCAGAUUUUCAGCUUC